AUGGCUAAAAUAAAGGACUGUGCAGCUUCGUUUACGCAGCAAGGUCACCACUUAGCUGAACCGAAGACACCAUGGAAGUCUGUUUAUCUUGCUGGUGCUUGCUCAUUCGUCCAAGCCGCCCAAUUUAGCAUCUAUAUCAGUUCGAUGUGGCCUUAUUUGAGAACAUUGGAUCCAGAUGCCGUUGAGACACAGUUCGGCUACAUUGUAGCCUUGUAUAGCUUUGCCCAGUGUAUAUCAGCACCGUGUUUCGGAUACUGGAGCAACCGAAUAGAGCAGGUGCGUCUCCCACUUUUGGCUGGUUUUUGUUGCAUGAUGUUAGGAAAUAUUAUAUACCUGUCGUUGUCGUUUGCCAGUCGCUCUCGCGCAGCUAUAAUGAUGAUCGUCGCAAGAUUUAUUCAGGGAUGUGGAGCAGGCAACAUGUCACUUCUGAGGGCUUAUGUUUCCACUUCUUCGUCAAAGACGGAUCGUUCACGAGCUAUUGCUUGUGUCAGCGGUGGGAUUGCAAGUGGUACCUUGAUAGGACCAGCUUUUCAAUUACUAUUUACUCCUCUCGGGCCUGAGGGAGUGUAUGUGCUGCCUUUUUACCGCCUUCACAUCUAUAACUCUCCCGCUCUGUUUUCUCUUAUGAUGAACAUUGUUGGCUUCUUGGUUUUAUGGUUCCUCUUUGAGGAAAACUAUGAUGUUCUGAAGGCUGAUGCUGCAAAGAUGACAAAGCAGCUACCCUCUCCGUGCGUCAUUGCAGUACUUAUUUGUAUUGGCACCAGAUUCGCUCAGGUCUUCUCAACGUCAACGAUUGCAACACUUGGGUCUGCCUUUUCAAUGUUGAUGUUCGACUUCAACAAGGAACAAUCAGUAGCGACCAAUGCCACAGCUCAACUGGUAGCUGGAAUUAUUGGUGCAACGCUAUACAUCUUCUUCAUAUUUUUCAACCUCUCAAGCUGGAUACGUCCAAGAGUUUCUGCAAUCGCAUGCUUAUGUGCUUAUGUUGGUCUUUUCGCUACCACAUAUCCGUGGCCUUUCAUACGACAAAAGGUCAGGAUUUCCGUAAACGGAUCAGACUGGGGCUGCUUUUCGGAUAGAUUUGACUGGUGCGAGGAUCUUGCAAAGGUGUCGCCAUGGCUUUACUACACAUUCUACGUGAUAGUCGUUGGCGUUGCAAUCUCUGUUAUGAACAUUGCACUAACGACUCUGUACUCCGAAGUAAUAGGACCACGACGACAGGGAACUUUUCAAGGAUACUUUCAAAUGGCCGCUGCCAUGGGUAGCAUGUUGGCUCCAUUGAUUACCAGUAAUCUCUAUGCGGGUUACGGACCAAAAGCCCCUUGGAUUUUGGUUAUAAUGCUGAUAUGCACGAUCAUUGUUCUCUGGGUAGCAUUUCAUAGGAAGAUGGUACCACUCAAUAUCGAAGAUGAUGAUAACACAUCUCACAAGAAAGACGAAUCAUAUCCACCCUGCAAUGCGUGCCAAUUUGCAUCCAGCAAUGCCAGUCCGCCUGCCAAACUCCUCAAUGUGCUCAAUCUUGUGCUCCAAGCUGCAAUCAACAAUGCGGUGCUAGCCAGCAAAUCGUCCUCGUCCCACAACAACAGUCUUGCCAAUCAUGCCAGCAAUCCUGCAGUAGCUCCUGCGCCACCCCUGUGUGCCAAAGCACUUGCCAGGCCAGCUGUGCUCCAUCUUGCGGGGGCCAAGCACCACCUCAGACUUGCCAAGCCACCUGCAGUUCAUCCAGCUGCAAUUGCCAGCAGUCUUGCGCACCAGCCUGUGGACAACAAAACAACCAACAGGUCAUCGUCAUCCAAGCCAGUUCGGACAGCUGUAACAACCAAUGCAAUCAACAAUGUGCUUCAUCGUGCUCAACUCCCGUCUGCGCCUCUUCCUGCCAAUCUUCCUGCGCCUCGGCCUGCGCUCCACAGCAAUGUGCCCCAGCCUGCAUGCCCAGCUGCUCCUCAUCCUGCACUCAGCAGCAGUCGCAACCUAUCGUCGUGGUCGUGCCACAGGGAGACAGCUGUUCGAGCUCGUGCCAAUCUCAGUGCAGUUCGGCUUGCUCCACCCCUGUGUGCCAGCAAUCGUGCAACAACCAAUGCCAGUCAUCCUGUAACAACAACCAGCAGCAGCAGGUACGAUUAUUGUCGUCUCACAACAGCAGCAGAACUGCCAGAAUCAGUGCCAGAACAGCUGUAUGAACACUUGCCAGAGUUCAGCUCCAGUGGUGACCUGUCAGCCGAUGUGUCAGCAGACUUGCCAGCAAACAUGCCAGCAAGCCUCUCAGAUUGUGGUCCCCUGUCAACAAAGUUCAUCCGGCUGCGGUUGUUCGACUGGUUACUCACAAUGCGGUGGAUCAUGCUGUCGCAGACGCUAAAAUCUUACAAUAUGGAGUGA